CAUUGCCGUUGUAACUGGUCACUAAACGAGGCAGUCGCUAAACAAGGACUACCUGUAAUAAAGAUAAAAGCUUAAAACAGACCUAAUUAAGCUAAGAGGUUUGCUACUACAAGAUAGACAACAGCGACUCACAUCCUCCUCACCUUGCAGUUAGAUUACUGAAGUGUACUUCACAUCCAGCUACCCUCGAAAAUAACUCGGAAGCUACAAUGGAUGCAGGAUUCAGCAGCCAAACUGCUGACGAGAAGUAGGCUCAGCAGCGUUCCAUCUGCCGUGAGGCCGCUGCACCGGUUCCCAAGAGGCUUCCACACCAAACUCAAACUCUCUAUUUGCAGGAUCACCUCUCCAGACCAGAACUUGUCCCCCUGCGAGCUCCUUACAAGAUGCAUAAUGCACAACCAUGAAGAACAAAAGAAAAAAGAACCAGAAAGAAAAAGAGAUGUAUAUACUGUGCAAAACUGAACAAGAAAUUUCAAAAUAACAUUAAAUCACUACAUAUAAAGUAAUCGUAACGGUUUUUGGAAUUGAAUCCGUCGCUGAUGUUCAACAAAAGUAGACAACAGAGUAAGAAUCAUCUAUCAGAAUCAACAAGUAUUUAAAAUUUCUAUCAAAUUUAGGAGAUCCAUCCAGACAAGAUCUACAUUUUAAAACCUAAAUGUUGGAGGUUUGGCCACGCCUUUUCAGACACUUCCGGCUGUGCCAUAAAUUGGUGGGUGAAACCCACAGAAGUUCCAGUUGAAGCUGUAAGAACGGAAAGCCAUGGGUGACUCACAGAGAGAGGAGCAGCCGGCUCAGUCUGAUGGAAAUGAGGUCUGGGCCCAGGGAGCCAUCUUCAAGUCGCGACUCUGGGAUGUAAACCAGAAAUCCAUCUACCUUCAGAAUAAUGAACUAAUAGCUGGAUACUUGCAAGCCCCCAACUCUGCACUGGAAGAGAAGAUUUACUGGGUUCGCAACCAUGCCUUUGGCCAAGAGAACUUCCCCGUCAUCCUGAGCAUUCGGGGUGGGAAGAAUUGCUUGGCCUGCUCUCCCGGGGCCUGGCCUGAGCUGCAGCUGGAGAGUGUCAACAUCAUGGACCUGUACAAAGAUAGAGAGGCAUCCACCCGCUUUACUUUCUUCCUAACUAAUAAAGAUGGAAUAUGGAGAUUUGAGUCAGCUGCCCAUCCAGGCUGGUACCUCUGCACUUCUUCCAAAGCCAAUGAGCCCAUUGGCCUGAUAAAGGAUCCAGGAUCAUCUCAUCUGGUGGACUUCUAUUUUCAGCCUGAAUCUUAGCUGGCCUCUCCACCUCCCUUCGCAGUACAAAGCCCACUCCUUAACUGCAGGAUCUCGCAGCUGCUCCCUUCUCUGUAAACAGAUGCACAUACUUUUGAGGAGGAUUUCUGGAGUGGAUCGUUUCUCAGGAUGACAAAGCAGCAAGGGAGGGAAAGAGAUGCAGUGUCUCUAGAGUAACAGGGAUAUUCAUAGCUCACUUUCUGGAUUCAGCUAACGGCCACAGAGUCAUCUGCAGACCCCUAAAGCUAUGGAAUCCAAAAGCUGCCAGCCAGUUUCUAAGUUCUGAUUUCCCAGAAAGAGAAAUAAUUAAGCACAUUUAAAGUAACUGUAUUUACUGCAUUUAAUUCUUUCAAAAUAUGCAUUAAAUUAAAAACUCAUUUUUGUCUUAGCCCCACAUACUUUUUGGAGUCUG